GUCUGCAGCCCCCCGCCUCACUCAGCCUGUGUGCUCAGGUUAGCAGGGGGACAUCCAGCAUGUUGGACAACGAGGACUUCGUGUCGGACACGUCCCCGCGGGAGCUCACUCAGAACCCGCUGCGGAAGAUCUGGAUGCCGAAUGAGACCGGCCACAUAGCGCAGCGACGGGUCUGUAUGACCAAUUGCCCGACGCUCAUUGUGACUGUGGGACUUCCAGCCCGAGGGAAGACUUACAUUUCGAAGAAGCUCACACGCUACUUGAACUGGAUCGGUGUGCCAACCAAAGAGUUCAAUGUCGGCCAGUAUCGGAGGGAGUGUCUGAAGAUCUACAAGUCCUUUGAGUUUUUCCGUCCGGAUAAUGAAGAAGGUUUAAAAAUCAGACGUCACUGUGCGAUGGCAGCUCUCAAUGAUGUUCGGCAGUACCUGUGUGUUGAAGGAGGGCAGGUGGCGGUCUUUGAUGCCACAAAUACAACAAGAGAAAGAAGAGGAACCAUCGUGAAGUUCGCUGAUCAGAAUGGGUUCAAGGUGUUUUUUGUGGAGUCUGUGUGUGAGGACCCUGAUGUCAUUGCACAAAAUAUAGUGCAAGUGAAGUUGGGAAGCCCAGACUACAUUCACUGCAACACAGAGGAGGCCGUCGAGGAUUUCAUGGAGAGAAUCAAAUGUUACGAGUCGUCCUACCAGCCUCUGGACGAGGUUCUGGACAGGGACCUGUCCUACAUAAAGAUCAUUGACGUGGGCCGUCAAUACUUGGUGAACCAUGUUGUCGAUCACAUCCAGAGUCGAAUCGUCUACUACCUGAUGAACAUCCACAUUACGCCACGCUCCAUCUACCUGUGCCGUCACGGCGAGAGUGACCUCAACAUCAAGGGACGCAUCGGAGGAGACUCUGGUUUGUCUAACAGAGGGAAAGAGUUUGCCAGAAGUCUGAGGAACUUCAUCCAGGAGCAGAAUAUCAAAGAACUGAAGGUGUGGACCAGCCAGAUGAAGAGGACAAUCCAGACGGCAGAGGGCCUUGGAGUUCCAUACGAACAGUGGAAGCCUCUCAACGAAAUAGAUGCUGGCGUGUGUGAGGAAAUGAAGUACGAAGAGAUUCAAGAGCAUUACCCUCUGGAGUUCGCACUGAGAGACCAAGACAAGUACCGCUACCGCUAUCCUAAAGGAGAGUCGUAUGAAGACCUGGUGCAGCGACUGGAGCCGGUGAUCAUGGAGUUGGAGAGACAAGAGAACAUUCUGGUGAUUUGUCACCAAGCAGUGAUGCGCUGUCUUCUCGCAUAUUUCCUGGACAAGUCUGCAGAUGAGUUGCCUUAUCUUAAGUGCCCUUUGCACUCUGUAUUAAAGUUGACCCCCGUGGCUUACGGAUGUAAAGUGGAGUCUGUCUAUUUAAGCGUGGACGCUGUGAACACCCACAGAGACAGACCAGAGAAUGUGACUGUGGUCCGCAGCACCGAAGACGCCCUGCUAACAGUCCCAGCUCACUUCUGAUCUCCUGCACUUCCUGUUACAGCUGAGACCUCGUCCGACAGCGUCAUUUUAACGGUGGUCCUCUCCAUCUGUCACUGAUCCGGAGAAAUGAGCAUCUCCCCAGACUUCAACUUUAAAGCACUUUGAGUAAAUACGAUCCAUUUUUAUACAUCUGUUUGUUGUGAACUGAAAUGGUCCUGUAGCUCGAAAACGCCAAUAUUUUUUAUAUUUAGUUCAGUUGUCAUUGUAAUAUUCCCUUCACUUUCUCUGUCUUUUCUCAUGGAUUAUAUUUAACAUCUACUGUAUAUUGUGCUCUUUGUAUAUUGCCAGGUGCUUUCUGUGUUUGUGAUGUUUUUCCUUGUAUGAAGAACAUGUACCAUGAUCCCAAAAACACCUUUGAUCAAUGUCCUUAAUCCCUAAAGACACAAAAUUAAUAUUUACAUUUUUGUAAAAGAACAUUUUUCCUGGUUAUCGAUUUAUAGUUUAAAAAAGAACCCGCUCAUGUGUUGGGUUUGCCUACUUUGAUUUCAGAUGGUAAAAAACAUUCCAAAGGUGCUGAAAAAAAAAAAAAAUCACCUUUAAAAGUGGAACUAGCAUUAUAAAUGCAACCAUUUUCUGUCAAAUGUGCAGUGAAUAGUCAUAGUAUUAACCUUUUUGUUGCAGUCUUAUGCCUAUAUAUAGAAAACAUGUCCCCCUCAUCAAUAAACACUCAAUUCCCCAUUAUGACAAAGCAAAACUAGACUGACAUUUUGCAGAUUUGGAAAAACUCAAAUAUUUAAUUUACACAAGUAUUCAGACCAUUUGCUGGUACACGUGAAGUUUAGCUUCGGCCUUAGGCCCUUCUCACACAUUUGAUCAAUUGGGCAGCCGCCUCUAAGAAGAGUCCUAGCUGUGCUAACUUCUCCCUUUAAGAAUGAUGGAGACCACUUUGCUCUUCUAAAACA